GUUGUAUACAGUAAGGACGACCGCGACGGUAGCGACGACGACGACGACGACAACAGCGACGGCUACAGUCGACGUCGAUCAGACCGAUCACAAGGAACAAACCGAGGUGAUCAGAUAGUGAUAGUUAUGAGGUCCUGCUUCGUACCUGUUGUUGUUGUUCUGAUCUUGAUCGAGGCAACCGGUCGUGGCGAUAGCAUCUCGUACAACACAGUGAAGACAUGGGCGAACAAACUGGGUUUCGAGCUCUCGCAGCUCGGCAAGUUCGUUACAAAAAUAGACAAGUUUCACGAUAGUUACAAGUUAGCAGAAGUUAAACCACGUGACGGAAAUGCCCUGGUCCACGAGAUUGCUAAAGAUAUCAAGGCUAUGAUGGAAUCUAAGAUCUCAGCUAUCAAGAGGAUAAUGGACGUGGCCGAGACAUCGGCGAUGUCGUCUCCCAACGAGGAUCCGCCGGAGUCCUACACCUACAUCAACGCGAAGAACAACACCAUCGACCUCGAGUAUAGUGGUCACUUCGGCGGUCACGUGAAUCUCAACAUGUCGGCGGUGCACGUGCCCACGAACGUGUACGACCGCGCGUCUAACGUCAUACGGGCGAUCAAGUGGUCCGAGAAUCUCGAUCGCACUUUCAUCAACAAUUACGAGCAAGACCCGUCGUUGUCCUGGCAGUACUUUGGCAGCGCGACCGGCUUUAUGCGUCAAUAUCCCGCGAUGAACUGGUAUAUGCAACCGGUAGAUCUGUUCGAUUGCAGAACGAGAAGCUGGUACAUCGAAGCGGCCACCAGUCCCAAGGACGUUCUCAUCCUGAUGGACACGUCUGGCAGCAUGACCGGCAUACGACGGGAAAUCGCUCGACACGUGAUAAACAACAUCCUCGACACGCUGGGCAACAACGAUUUUGUCAACAUCAUUACGUUCUCGAACGUGACCCAAGAGGUAGUGCCGUGCUUCAACGACACACUGGUCCAAGCAAAUCUGGCAAAUGUGCGCGAGCUGAAGCGAGCGAUCUCGGAUCUCAACACGGAGAAGAUCGCCAACUUCUCCCUGGCACUUACGACCGCUUUCGAGCUGCUUGAGUCAUUUCGUACCGAACGCGAGGGUGCCAGAUGCAAUCAGGCGAUCAUGCUGAUCACCGACGGUGUGCCGUACAACUUCAAGGAGAUCUUCGAGGUUUACAACUGGAAGGACAAUCCGGAGGAGCCGACGAAGGCCGAUAUGCCCGUCAGGGUGUUUACUUAUCUGAUCGGAAGAGAAGUCGCGGACACGCGGGAAGUGAAUUGGAUGGCAUGCGCGAACAGAGGAUACUACGUGCAUCUGUGCACUCCGGCGGAAGUGAGAGAAGAGGUGUUGAAGUACGUGCCGGUGAUGGCGAGGCCUCUGGUGCUGGGCCGUACCGAUCAUCCCACCAUCUGGACGCCCGUUUACGCCGACAUAACCGAUCCGAAGAUGACCGACUGGCUGUGGGAACAGCGCGAAAGCGAGGAACAAAAGGAGCGCUUUUUGCUCUAUCACAGAAACAAGAAGUACUUCAACACGGAGGAGCAGGAUCGGCGAUUCGUGAAGAAACAGAAGCGUCGGCACGACCAGACCAGCGGUCUGCAGGAAUACAAAUUGAUGACUUCGGUUAGCAUGCCGGUCUUCGAUCGGCGUGAUAACGCGAACAUCACAAAGCAGGUGCUGGUGAACGAAGCGUACUGGGUGACAGAGACAAGAGAGACGAUGAUUGCCAAUCUGCUCGGCGUCGCCGGCACCGAUGUACCAAUCGAGGAGAUCCAGAAACUGAUGAUGCCUCAUAUGCUCGGCGUCAACGGCUACGCGUUCAUCGUAACCAACAAUGGUUUCAUCCUAAUUCAUCCCGAUCUUCGCCCAGUGUUCCAGGGUAUUUUAAAACCGGCUUACAAUAGCGUCGAUAUGGCGGAGGUCGAAUUGAUGGACAGUGACAAAGGCCCCAGGGAAUUUGACGAUGCAAUUAUCAUGCUUCGCGAUCACGUGGUGAGUCAGACAAACGGUAGCGCGACGCUUCACACAAAAUAUCAUUACGACGAUAUGAAACGAGUGGGCAGAGUGAAGAGAAAAUACGAUUACGCGGCAAUCAUGAACAGUCCGUUCACUGUGGUGGUCAGUUUGCCCGAGCACGAUAGAAGUUACCGCGUACACGCUACCGAAGAGAUACAUCUCCUUCACUCAAAAGGGAAAAACGUGACGGAUUACUUCGCGGGUAGUAACUGGCGGGUUCACCCCCACUGGAUGUACUGCAAAUACCACUACGAGGGUGAACAUAGGUUCAACUCCUCGGAGUUACAGCUCCUACACUUUCUGGAGCGUACCCGUCAGCCAGGCUGGAAGUGGAUCGAUAUGAAGCAACGAUCCCCUCCGCCGGAAUACUCCGCUUCGAGUUCGAGUUACAGUUUUCAUUCUAAUCCUCACAAGACCGACAACUCGUACUACUGCGACAGAAAUUUGUUGCUCAGUCUGGUGUACGACGCUAAGGUAACCGAAUGGUUUGCCCAGCAAACCCCACCGAAUCUCGAAAAGAAACCUCGAGAGGAACCGCCAGGACCUUUAGCUAGGCUGAUGAAUCAGAUGACCAGGAAGGAGUUUCAACAACGCUUCGGAGUGACCUUGGCGUUCAUAGCUACGCACAGCGGACUCACCAGAUGGCAAGAUUUUCCGAUAGACGAUGACGUACCGCUGCCGGACGAUCACUUCAGCAAGUUGUAUCCCCGAGCCAUCGAUGAGGUGUGGUACAAACGUGCGGUCGAACAGUAUUACGUGAAUCCGGACAGUUUCGUUUACUCCGUGCCGCUCGACGACGAGGGAGCCGACAACACCACUCUGGUCACCGCCAGUCGUGCCAUAUUCAUCGGAAUCAAGCAGAAGGCACCAGUGGCGGUGGUUGGCUUCCAGUUUCAGCACACUGCCUUGCAAGCGCUCUUUCAAAACAUAACGUUCAACUGCGAAGGGCACAGCAAUUGCUACAAACACUGCGGCGACAACUCUUGGGCGUGCUAUCUGGUCGACAACAACGGUUAUAUAAUCGCCGCUGAGGACGAGGCCGACGCCGGUAGAUUCUUCGGCGAGGUCAGAGGUCCGAUAAUGAUGAGUUUAGUUACGGAAGGCGUCUUCGAGAAGAUAAGGAUCUAUGAUUAUCAGGCGGUAUGUUUCAAGAACACCGACACCAACAACGCCGCCGACAUGCUUCUCACACCGUGGAAGCACCUACAGAAAGCGCUGUCGUGGAUGGUCGGUAACGUUGCCUGGGCUUGGGCGAAAACUGGCAUAGUGGAGUCCGAUUUCGCGGAGGCGUACGGCGGUUACGUAAGCGACGAGGGUCCGAUGGAGGGUCACGACGUCGAUCACGAAAACGAGGAGAAACCUAUGCCCGAGCUGAAGGACGAGGAAAAAGUUUUUGAGCAGCACGUUCUGAUUAAUCGCACGCGUCCGGAAGUGUGCGAUCAGGAGAUGUAUCUAUAUCUGCGCAACAGUUCGUUCAACACAUACGACGUGGAGGUGGACAAGGACUGCGUGCGGCCGUACGUGGUGCAGCCGGUGAACUUCAGCAACAUGCUGCUGCUGAUCGUGAACACCGACUGCGGCGACACAACGUCGCCGGCGCUGAGCGUCAUACCCGAAGAGGUGAUCUACGAGAACAACACGCUGGUGUGUCAGAAGGCGCUCGCCGCUCUCAAACGGAAACGACCGCAGUCCUGCAUACGCUCGCAUCCCCGCGAGAGCGAGAUCAAGGAUCAGUGCGGCACGGCGGCGACCAACAACCUUAGCACGGUCCUGCUCGUCAAGACGCUCCUACUUACUUACUUGAUGAGCAGACACACGAGACUUGCUCUUCCCUUUUCUUGCUGAACAUGUACAGCCAACGACUCGUGUCAAACUAGUUCGAAAGUUUUAAACUCACACGUCAAGCGAAUUCUCGUAAAUUAUAAUAAAACUUUGUUGUUAUGUUUUAUAAGUGUAACAUGUAUUUUUCACGUACAGUGUCGUUUUCACGUACGAUCGGUGUAUGAGAAUCUGUGUAUAUUUGUAUAUAUUUGUUCCGCGAUUUUUCGAACGAAAAUUGUUACAGAAUAUUACAAUAUCGUUUAAUUGUUUGUAUUAUAAUAUCGUUUAAUUGUUUAUAAUCGUUUCGUGAUCUUUCUAAAACAUUUGUUUACGACGUACUCGCGCGAUUGUAUUGUCUCUAUCCAAAAGAUACGCUUGUUACAACGUAACGUAUAUUUGCGAAUUAACAAGAGGUCUUGAUAUAUAGGGACGGGAAAGGGGAGAGCUAAGUAAAUUAUAUAAAGAGAGAAACAAUGAUAGUUAAAAAAAAAAAAAAAAAAAAGAGUCUUUCUCUCUAAUAUUUUUCUAAUUUAUGUAUAAAUUGUAAGAGAUGUCUCUUCAUAUACAAGAUAUUGAAUACUAAUAGAAGAACUAAAUUUAACUAACUGAACAUUUUACUUGUCGAGCCCUUCAUUCAGCACACAAAGAACUUGAUUUUCGCAAUUCUCCGCGAACGCACGUGCGUCUGUUUAAAAAAAAAAAAAAAACCAAAAAAACAAAACCACUCCGAGAUAUUCUUGCGCUCUCGACCUGCCCGUUACUCAUCAUCUGUAAGUAUAUACUCUAUUAUCGCGAGUCAAGUUGCUCUCUAUAGAGACGAAUGUAUGACGCGUUAUUCGAUCCUGCUUGAUACACAUGUCGAGUUUCCAAAUGCGCGAGUAACGCAAUACAAAUCAAACACGACGAUACAAAAUAUCAAAAUUACAUGCUAAGAUACUAAAAAGUGUUCUCUCCACUGUCAGAUCGGAGUAGACGAUCGGGAUUAUUAUGGUGCGCUUUACCGUGAGGCGAUCAAGUUUUUGAUAACAAAAAACAAAGAUGCGCGAUUUUUGGACGAAAGCCAAAUUCACCGCAUUGGUUCACGCACCUCUUGCAAAGAAAUUGCGGAAAUCGAUGAAAAUCCAUCUUUUAUAUAUUUCGUACGUUUGUGAAAAAUUCGUUGGGUGUAUAUUUCUGUCGCGCUGUGUGCUACACGGUAGAACUCCAGCGAAUUUCGAGCGUUUCGAUUUCUCCUUUAUAGAUGGACCAAUAGUUUUUCUUCACUAUUGAUGAUUCUUCGAUAUUCUUGAGCGAUUCAGCAACUCGUGAGACGCGCAUUUACAUCUCUGUUCCAAGAGUACAAGAGAAAUAGACAUCUUUCGUCUCUUGCUACCAAUCAGUCGUCAACUCUGGAAGGGGAAGAAAAUAAUUUCGAAAUUUUCGAAAAACUCGGUGCCGCGCGCUCAAAAUUACUGGAAUUCUACUAGAACUCGUCUAUAAUCCUAUUAUUCUUCUCUCGACACUCGAACGGAAGAAGAGAUAGAUAUUUUUUUUUUUUGGAAGAGAGGGAGGAUGUUACUCUCUCUCUCUCUCGCGUGUAUAAUUAUUUAUUCUCAUGUGAAUUGGUGCUGCUUGUGUGAUGCGUCGAGGGCGAUAUAAUACGAUAUUGCCGUAGUAGAUGCAACAGAAACAAAAUAGGACAAUCGAUUACGACGAAACAUUAGAGUGCUCCGCGCGUACGUGCUCGAGACUAUAUUAGUCAAUGUGUAAAGAGAUGCUACAGUUAAUAGACUUUUUUCUAGAUGUCGGAGCAGGGUCGCAUAUUAACACUCACACACACACACAUAGAGCGUAUUGUUUACGAAAAUACUCUGUACCGUAAGUACAUUCGCGUUCACCACUUUGUAUACACAUUGUAAAACAAACAAAGACGACGCGACGUCCAAGAUUUAUAUAAAAGAUUAUUACGGAAACGUUAACUUUUCUUGUGUGUAUACUACUGUAUUAUACACGAAAUGGUGUGGUUUAUUCUUUUUCACUGAACUAACUUUGCGCCACUUCAGAGUUCGUUCUUUUUACUAAAUGGAAGAUAGAAAAAUAAAUGGUGCGAAAUAAAUAAAUAAAUAAAUAAAUAUAUAUAUAUGUAUUUAUAUUUAUAUUUCUUUGUGUAAAUUUUGAAUUAAAAUUUCAAUUUGUAAGUUCAUAAGAGAUGCUGGAUUUGCGUCACAUAUAUGAGAGAAGUGCUCUCUAAUUUAAUUAUAUUGCGAAAAAAACACCUCCAAACCAGGAGUCGAGCCUGGAAUCUCUCGCUAAAUUCACGUGUAAAAUUUACACAUAGAGAAAUAUAAAUAUAUGUAUAUUUAUUUAUUUAUUUCGCACAUUCAGUAUUAGGCUCUCAUUGACCGAUUAAAUUUCGCGUUGUAGUAGUUUUAAACUUAAAGAUCCUCGACUCUUCGUUUAUUUGAAAAAAAAAACUCUGACUUGGUGCGACAGCAGUUCAGCGAAAAAAAAAAAAAACAAACCGAUAAUAUGUGCGAAGAAGAAGUACGUGCGCUUUUGAACAAACGUUUAAGAAAAAAAGCGAAAAACAAAGAAAUAAAAAAAAAAAAAAAGAAUCUUGUUGUAUGUGUGUAUCGAAUAAUUCAUCAAAUGUUCCAUAGAUUACAUUAAAUUCGAAGACGAGAAACUCGAGGAUUAAUAACAAUCUCACCGCAGCGAGAGAUCCGUUGAGAGAACAAUUGAUGUUGUUUAUAUAUUACAUAAAGUUUAUUACAAUUUGCUAUGUACAACAGCGCUUGCCUAUGUAAAGAAAGAACAUUUUCGUAUUAAAACUUUUCAACA